CUACUACUAGCAACUGCGCUCGAUUUGAAAGAAACGUUGAGAAGAUCAGCACCUCACCGCUCCUCGUCGUCGUCGAGCUCAAUUGGUUUUUUGACGCGUUUGCUUGCUGUUCAUCUUCAUUACAGAGGAGAAGAGACCGUGCCAACCAAUUUCAAACCAACAAAGUGCAAGAAAGCAAAAGCGAUAGAAAUCCCCCCCCCCCCCCCCAAGCCCUCCCGCUCGCCAUGGCAAAAUUGGAGAGAGACCUCCAGUGCCAGUGCGUCGGAAGACUUGAAGUCGUUAAGCCCAAGCCCGUCGGAUUCCUCUGUGGUUCUAUCCCCGUUCCCACGGACAAAUCCUUCCAGUCUUUCGAUUCCUCCGCUCUCAUCCCAUCACCCCUAGCAGUUAGCGCUCCUCGGUAUCGGAUGCUUCCGACGGAGACGGAUCUCAAUACGCCUCCGAUUUUCUCCAAGUUUCCGGAAAAGUUUAUUCCUAUUGCUGCUGUGCAGUCCAAGGCUAAUGGAGAUUUACCUUGGGAAGGUGGUGCUGUUACAUCAAAUUUUUCUAGGAAAUGUGAGGCCCUUGCAGUUUCUGGUUUGGUUGAGUAUGGGGAUGAGAUAGAUGUGAUUGCUCCAGCUGACAUUCUGAAGCAAAUCUUUAAAAUGCCAUAUUCUAAGGCACGAUUAUCAAUUGCCGUUCAUCGUGUUGGACAGACUCUUGUUCUGAAUACUGGGCCAGAUGUUGAAGAGGGAGAAAAGUUGAUUAGAAGACACAACAAUCAGUCAAAAUCUGCAGAUUCUUUAUUUUUGAAUUUUGCCAUGCAUUCAGUUAGAAUGGAGGCUUGUGAUUGUCCUCCUACUCAUCAUGUCCCAUCACAGAAGCAAUCAAAUUCUUGUGUUCUUCGGGGAAAUAGAACUCAAUUUGCGGGGAAGUGCGAUAGUGUUAUUCCAGAUGAAGGAUCCAAUAGUUGUUCCGAGUACCCUCAAGUCAAACAAGAUAGCAUCUUUUGGGGCAGUAAGAAGAAUAAGAGAAAUAAGGGGCGGGAUCAUGUCAAAAAGGCUUCACAAGUUGGCGAGAAGCCCAGGUGCUCAAUGCAGGAGUCUGAAAAACAUAGAAGAGUUGGAAAUGAUGGGUUUCGAAGGGUUUUAUUUUGGCAGUUUCACAAUUUCCGUAUGCUUUUGGGCAGUGACUUGCUUCUGUUCAGUAAUGAAAAAUAUGUUGCUGUCAGCUUGCAUUUAUGGGACGUUACACGACAGGUCACUCCAUUAACUUGGCUUGAAGCUUGGCUUGACAAUGUUAUGGCAAGUGUGCCUGAGUUGGCCAUCUGUUAUCAUCAAAAUGGCGUUGUUCAAGGUUAUGAGCUUCUGAAAACAGAUGAUAUAUUUCUAUUGAAAGGAAUCUCUGAGGAUGGAACUCCUGCUUUUUAUCCUUAUGUAAUCCAGCAAAAUGGCGUUUCUGUUUUGAGGUUCCUCCAAGAUAACUGCAAGCAGGAUCCUGGUGCUUAUUGGCUUUAUAAAAGUGCGGGGGAAGAUGUAAUUCAACUUUUUGAUCUUUCUGUUAUUCCCAAGAACCAUUCCUCCGAUGAUUGUGAUGAUGCCUCAAGCUCCCUGCCUUCUCUAUUGCAAAGGGGACGAAGUGAUUCCUUGUAUUCAUUAGGGACUCUUCUGUACCGAAUUGCUCACAGGCUUUCGUUUUCAAUGGCUUCUAACAAUAGGGCCAGAUGUGUGAGGUUCUUCCAAAAAUGUUUGGAUUUUCUUGAUGAGCCAGAUCAUCUGGUUGUACGAGCAUGUGCUCAUGAACAAUUUGCAAGGCUCAUUUUAAAUUAUGAUGAAGAGCUGGAUUUAACAUCUGAAUCUCUUCCUGUGGAAUGCGAAGUUACAGUUAUUGAUGCCGAGGAAGAAUCUUCGGACUUUGUAGGUGGUAAUUCAGAAUCAGUUGGGCAUGAAAAGGUCUCCUCUUUAGUUGCGGAGGAUAAACCAUACGACGACGGUCAAAGUUUUCAAGAUUUAGCAUCAGAGACUUCUGUCAAGAUGACGUUGGAGGCAUAUUUAUCUGCUUCUGAAAAAUUGAUAGAAGCAGGUGACAUAGAAUUAACAGAUCCAGGAGCUGUGACAAGUUCCAGUGGCAAUGAAAGCUCUGCUUUGUGCAAGUUGUCACCAACACCAGUUCAAACUGUUGUUGAUCCCAUAUCCUCUAAGUUAGCUGCAGUACAUCAUGUUUCUCAGGCUAUCAAGUCUCUCAGAUGGAUGCGCCAACUGCAGAGCACUGAGCCACAGCUGGUGGGCAAAAGCAGUGGAACUAAUGAUGCACUGCCCUCGUCUACAAAUUUUUCUGUUUGUGCAUGUGGUGAUGCUGACUGUAUUGAAGUUUGUGACAUUCGGGAAUGGCUUCCAACAUUAAAACUGGAUCAUAAGUUGUGGAAACUUGUUCUUUUGCUUGGAGAAUCUUAUUUGGCACUUGGUCAAGCUUAUAAGGAGGAUGACCAGUUGCAUCAGGCAUUAAAGGUGGUAGAAUUGGCAUGUUCUACUUACGGAUCAAUGCCUCAGCAUCUUGAAGAUACAAGGUUCAUUUCUUCAAUGAUCAGUUGCUCAUCAUUGCAGAACAAAUUUAGCGAAAGAAAUGAAAAGGCCAGAUUAUAUGGUGGUGAUGUGAUGGAUGAGAAAUCCAGCUCCUCAGAUGAUUCUCUUACUUUUGAGCAAUACUCUUCCACUUACCUCUUCUGGGCCAGGGUGUGGACACUGGUUGGAGAUAUUUAUGUUGAGUUCCAUGUGGUACAUGGUAAAGAGAUCUCAAUGCACGCAGAGAGGAAAUCCAAUACCAGAGAGUUGAGAAUCUCUUCUGAGGUGGUGAAGGAAGUUAAAAGGCUCAAGAAGCAGCUGGGCCAGUGUGGCCAGAAUUGCAGCUCAUGCUCCUUGGUAAAUUGCAGCUGCCAGAGUGACAGGGCAAGCAGUGGUAGCAGUGCAAGCAGUAGCAAUGCAAAUAUGCGCUCUGUAGGUUAUGGCAGAAAACAGUCAAAGAAAGUUUAUGCAAAGAGCGUAUCCUGCUCCCUUUUGGGAGACCCUGAAGAUGGGCAUGUUCAUCACCGGAUGGACAAUGCUAAGACUUUUGAUGGUGGGCAUCUACAGCACAACGGAAACGAUGAAAGCCUAAAAGAAGUUCCUUAUACUGAUAAUGCUAAUCUUGGGCUAAAAUCUUUGGGAACUAAUACUAAAAAAGUUGAGGGUUUUCUGGAGAUGCAUGAUACAGGCUCCACAGUUGCCUCACAAACUGAAAUGGCUUCUAGAGAAACACCCAAAGUGAAAAAUGGUGGAAUAUUUAAGUACCUUGGGGGUCCUGUAGUCAGAGAUGCAGAGCAUAAUCUUUUAACUGCACUAACCUGUUAUGAAGAAGCUACAAAGGCGCUGGGUGGAUUUCCAUCGGAUUCAGCAGAACUAAAAUCUGUAGUCAAGAAGAAAGGGUGGGUUUUUAAUGAACUGGGUCGUAACAGGCUCGAAAGAAGAGAAUUGAACAAAGCUGAAGUUGCUUUUGCAGAUGCUAUAAAUGCAUUCAGGGAAGUCUCGGAUCACACCAACAUUAUAUUAAUUAAUUGUAAUUUGGGCCAUGGCAGACGUGCAUUGGCUGAAGAGAUGGUAUCAAAGAUUGAAGAUCUCAAAGUACAUGCACUCUUCCAUAAUGCAUACAACCAAGCAUUGGAGACUGCUAAACUAGAAUAUACUGAAUCACUGAGAUAUUACGGGGCAGCGAAGUCAGAACUGAUACUUGUUGCUGAAGGGGAUGAAUCUGUGACAAGUGCCUUGAGGAAUGAGGUACAGACUCAGUUUGCGCAUACAUAUCUGAGGCUUGGCAUGCUCCUGGCAAAAGAAGAUGUAACUGCAGAAGUUUUUGAAAAUGGAGUCUUGGAAGGUAAAUCUGUAGGUUAUACCAAUUCCAGUGACAGGAAAGCGAGGAAAGAAUCAAGAAAGCAUGAGAUUUCAGCUAAUGAUGCCAUAAGGGUGGCACUGUCCGUGUAUGAAUCGCUAGGUGAAUUGCGCAAACAGGAAGCUGCAUAUGCUUUUUUUCAGCUGGCUUGCUACCAAAGGGAUUGUUGUUUGAAAUUUUUGGAGUCAGAUCAGAAGAAUAGCAACUUUUCUAAAGGUGAAAACAGCAUUCUUCAACGGGUCAAGCAGUAUGCUUACUUGGCCGAGAGAAACUGGCACAGAGCCAUAGAUUUUUAUGGCCCACAAACGCAUCCCACCAUGUACCUGACUAUUCUCAUAGAAAGAUCGGCUCUUUCAUUAACCCUUUUCGACUUUUUUCACUCAAAUGCAAUGCUGGAAUCAGCUCUGUCUCGCAUGCUUGAAGGACGUUAUGUAUCAGGUAAGGAUUCAGACUCUUUCAGAACAGACCAUCCUGAUACGCAUGCAAAAUUUUGGAGACAGUUGCAGAUGCUUUUGAAGAAAAUGUUGGCCGUGACAAUUUCAGGAAGUGCAAACAAAUCAUCGCCAGUCUCUCAACCAAAUCCAGUAUCCAAUAGGUCUGGAGAAGCUGGAAAGCUCAGGGAGCUUUACAAAAUGUCUCUGAUGUCCACCGACAUGAGUGAAUUGCAUGCUAUGCACACAUUGUGGACAUCAUAAUCAGAAAUUUGACUCUUCAGUUCCUGGUUUUCGAUAUUGUCCAUCUCAAGGAGAAAGUUCGCAUGGGUUGUACACUUGUACUAAAUAUAGAGUAGAAUGCUCUUUUUUCACUGUCUAUAUCAUAGAGGAAAUUUUGGGAGAUGAAUUAACAACACUUGUAGAUAUUCAUAUAAAUCGACAGACUUCAGUAGCAUAUGGGGAAGUCAUUUUAUUUUUCUUCUCUUUUAUUUGA